AUGGUUUUGGAAAACGAAUGUCUUCGAAAGAUUCAAGAAACUUUAGCACCGGUUUCGAAAUCUCAAGCUCAAGAACAGAUUCAGGUUAAGGAUGAGCUGCAACCUCAAGGGUUAUCCCCUCCCCAAUCUAUAACUAGGAGCUCUAGUAUGGCAACUACUAAUACAGCAAUUACUACAAACAGUUCAGAAUUUAUACCGCAUAUUUUUUAUUCAAUGUACCAGAUAAAAAAGGAUCCUAAUAAUUCUUCAAAUCAGCUUGAAACAUCUACUGGUUUCAUUAAACAUAGGUUAAAGAGUUGUAAGACAUUGAUUGAAUCAGAUGAAGAUUGUAGGAAAUUAUUAAGCAAAUCUACAGACGAAUGGGAUGAUUACAUCAAACAACGUGAACUUGAAAUUGAAGGCAAAAGAAAUGUAUUGAAAAGUCUCAAUAAUAAGAUUGGAGAAUUAUUAACAGAAUAG